GAGAGCUGCCAUGUGCACGGGGAAGUGUUCAAAGUGCAUUGGGAUCACUCUCUUCCCACUGGCAGUAUGUGCCAUUUUCUCCAACAUUCUCCUGUACUUCCCCAAUGGACAAGUACUGCAGCUCAGCGAGAUAACUGAUUUGGUCUGGUUUUUCCACGGCAUUCUGGGAGCUGGGAUACUGGUUAUUUUGCCAGCAUUCAUGAUGCUGGGAGCAGGUGGAGCAGGAUGUUGCGCUAACAGAUGUGGGAUGCUGCUGUCAGUGAUCCUGUCUGUGAUGGGAUUCGCAGGAGGAGCAUAUUGUGUGGUCAUCUCUGUGUUGGGGCUGAUUGGGGGUCCUCUGUGUGACACAGGUGAUGGAGAAUACCUCUACCCUUUCAGGAAUGACACUCUGGAAGACAAUUAUUUGUUUAACCAGACAACAUGGAGUGUUUGUAAACAACCUGAAAACAUCAUUCUUUGGAAUAUCGUCCUUUUCUCUAUUCUCCUGGUCAUCGGUGUGAUUGAAACUAUUCUUUGUUUCAUUCAAGUCAUCAAUGGACUCACUGGCUUCAUAUGUGGCACAUGUAUGAGGAGAAGAAAGACAAAUAUUUCUGGAAUGUGAAAGACCUACAAGGAAUGCCAAGACGAGCC